AUGAGGCGCCUGGUUGGUGACCAGUGUCAGCUCUUGGGCUUGUAUUCUGAUUUUCAGUCUGCAGAGCAACUCACACAGCUGGUGAAAAAAGCCAGGGGAGAUGAAGUGACGCCAGGGCCCCACCAGCAGUGCGGAGUAGAAAUGGGGAAGAAGUAUAAGAAAGAAGAAAUAGAAAAGAAAUUAGAUAGCCAAGCAGCCGCGGUGUCUGGGUUCGUGUCUCUGCUCCCAGGGCUAUGGCCACUGCGGGAGAAGGCAGAGGAGCUGAACCUCUCGGCUCUGCACAGCCCCACACAGAAGCCUCCAGGUUUCAGCCUGGCCCAGAAGCCAUUUGGAGCCACAUAUGUCUGGAGCAGCAUCAUAAACACUCUCCAAACGGAAGUAGAGGUCAAAAGGAGAAGGGAUCAUUUAAAAUGGUACAAUGACUGCUUUGUGGAUUCUGAAGCUGUGGAUGUGAUUUAUUCGCACCUAAUUAAAAAUAAGUACUUCGUGAUGUAUCAUGAUAUUCCUCGGGCCAAAGUGGUGAGAGUGUGUCAAGCACUUAUGGACUACAAAGUAUUUGAAGCAGUUCCAACCAGAGUCUUUGGAAAAGACAGAAAACCUACUUUUGAAGAUAGUAGUUGCAGCCUGUAUAGAUUCACAACAGUACCUAACCAAGACAGUCAAUUAGGCAAAGAGAACAAACUGUAUUCACCUUCUGGGUACACAGGUACACGAUUUAAGUCAUCUGAUAUCAGAUUGGACAGUUUGGAAGACCUGUGGGAAUAUUUGAGUUUACAGCCUGCUAACUCCCCUCGUGUAAAUCUCUCUGCAACUCUGUCUCCACAAGUUAUUAAUGAAGUAUGACAAGAAGAAACAGUUGGGUGCCUACUACAAGUUGUAUACCUUCCACUUCUUGACUCCUUACUCAAACAGAAAGAGGUUGUAUCUAAAGUUCCUCAACCAAAGAGGCAGCCUGACAUGAUCAACAGCAGUAACUAUCUGGAUCGAGGGAUUCUCAAGGCCUAUAGAGACUCUCCGGAUGACGAGUGGCUCUCUGCAGCGAUCGACUGCCUGGAAUACCUUCCAGACCCCACGGUGGUGGCUGUAAGCAGAAGCUUCCCGAGCAGAAGCCCCGAGCAGCCCGACAGAACAGACCUGGUGAAGGAGCUUCUGUUUGAUGCCACUGGCAAACACUACAGUAGUAGGGAGCCUCUACUGAAUCACUUAUCUGAUGUUCAUAAUGGAACUGCAGAACUCCUAGUAAAUGGGGAGACUGAAAUAGCGUUAGAGGCUACUCAGCUUUUUCUGAACCUUUUGGAUUCCCAAAAUAGAGAAGAAUUUAGAUGGCUACUGUAUUUCAUGGCUGUUGCAGCACAUCCUUUAGAAUUUAAAUUACAGAAAGAAGAUGAUAAUCGAAUGGUUGUGAAAAGGAUAUUUUCAAAAGCUAUUGUUGACAAUAAAAAUUUAUCCAAAGGCAAAACUGAGCUUCUGGUACUCUUUUUAAUGGAUUAUCAAAAAGAUGUUUUUAAGAUUCCUGGAACUCUACAUAAAAUUGUUAGUGUUAAGCUUAUGGCAAUACAGGAAGGAAAAGAUCCAAAUAAAGACACAAGGUAUAUUUGCUGCCAGAGAAUUGAUCCAAGUGUCUAUUCCAGCAGCACACAGAAGAAAACCAAAGAUGAACUGUUGAAUUUACUAAAAGCUAUUGAUGAGGAUUCAAAACUAUCUGCCAAAGAGAAGAAGAGAUUGCUAGGUCAGUUCUAUAAGUGUCAUCCAAAUAUUUUUACUGACUAUUUUGGAGACUGA